AUGCCGGACGUUCCCAAUCAAUCUUCCGCAGCACGUAAAACCAAACAGUCGGCGGUACCGGGAUGUAGAGUGUGCAGUAGACGCCGUAUAAGAUGUGACGGAGCUCAGCCAGCUUGUGAGAAAUGUAUCUCUCGCGGCUUGCACUGUCCAGGAUAC